AUGGGCGGUCAAGGAAGAGAAGGUGGCAAGGUCAAGCCCCUCAAGGCUCCUAAGAAGGAGAAGAAAGAACUGGAUGAUGAUGAACUUGCCUUCAAAGAGAAGCAAAGAGCUGAGGCCAAGGCCAAGAAGGAAUUAAUGGAUAAGGCCAAGGGCAAAGGACCAUUGAACACCGGUGCUCAAGGCAUCAAAAAGUCAGGAAAGAAAUAG